GACCUUGCCAUGCUCCAGCUUGUUUGAGACUCUAUUCAGAAGCAUUGGCAGGCCCCUGACCAUUCACCAUGUCUUUCCAAUCCUCUCUCUACACGGCUUUCCGGAGCCUGUCCUUGACAGCCUCGAAACGAUCGUUCUCGACAACACGACCUGCCCAGAAGCUCCCGAAAGUACCGGACUACAUUCCGCCAUAUCCUUAUGGCCCGAAUUACAUGUUUCGUCAAUCCAACACCGGUCUCUACGGUGGCGCAACGAUUCAAUUUGGAAAUAAGAUCUCCCAGGGCCGGAACGAAGGGAAAACGCGUCGGUUCUGGAAGCCCAACGUGCGACGAAAGAAGCUAUGGAGUGAAGCACUUCAACAGUUCCUUUUCAUCAAGGUUACAAGAAAGGCUUUGCGAACGAUUCGAAAGGCUGGGGGCCUUGAUCAAUACUUGUUGGACGAUCGGCCUGCGCGAAUCAAGGAGUUGGGUGUUUUUGGAUGGAAGCUUCGAUGGCAGGUGAUGCAGACUGAUAAAAUCCAAGAGCAAUUUAAGCAAGAGCGAAAGCGUUUGGGACUGCCAGAACCGCCGUCAUUUGAGGAGUGGUUGAAACAGAAGGAGGGUGAAGUCAAGGCGCAAGUGGAGGAACAUACCAACAUUGCCGAACUCACGAAGCCAACCUACAACGAAAAGAACCAUUAACGUCAAUUCGCAUGACAAUUCUAGCGCGAAUUACCGUUGAGUAUUUGUAUUAUAUGAUGAUUGCCGGACAUUAAUCCCGAAUCUAUGGGAACUUAGAUUCUCUGAAGGGACUUUGCGGGACUCCUCUUCACUUUGCUUUUCUGCUGUAUUUAUACUCUACAGGGCCAUAUUAUCUUUCACCAAUA